AUUCAACAAUGGAUGGAUGUUUAAAAUCGGAAGAGGCCUUGAUUAUUUUAAAAAACCACAGGGUCGUUUUUGCCUUGGAUAUUGUGAUUUUGAUUUGAGGCCUUGUCAUGAAACUACUGUGGACAUCUUUCACAAUAACUACACAAAGAAGACGAUUCCUUCUGAAACCACUCCUGUUUCCUAGGUAAAAUCCUUGUCAAGGUGUAUAUUUAAUAUGCUUUUUAAUAAAAUAAAUUGUUGUUUAAGCAAAAAAAUACGUUUAUCUCAAGAUACCCUUAAAAGAGGCUUCGACUGUUAAAUUUUGCUUAAAGGAAAAUCACCUUAAUCACCUUACCUUAAUUAACAUCAGGUAAAAUAUUGGAAGAAUAAUUAAAUUAAAACCAACUACUGAAUAUAUUUUAAAAAUGCAAUGACUGGAGUCACUACUUCAAACAAAUAGCUAAAAUAAACCUAAGAUACAGGUUCGUUCAAAGUUAUGACUGAAUGAAUAGUUUUCUCAUAGUUUAGCUGUUGCAUUGUCCCCAGUCAUGACUGCCAUUUGGAUAUUUACUUGAUGUCCUGCUUGGGAUUAUGUUGUUUCCGGGACUGUGGUCAUGUGAUUGUGAUUUCCAAUAUUCCCUGCCAACUUCCCACAAACAAAAGCUGGGAAAACUGGCUGGAAGUCAGUCAUGUGAGCUGCUUGUUUAAUGAUCAUUUGAUGUAGCCCUGCAAAACUUCUGUCCCACUUUAUGAGUGCAUCACUUAGCAAUAGCAAUUCCAGUCAAUUGUUAUCAUAAGCCAAGGACUUUUGAAUUUAGCAGUCUAAAAACAGAGCUAGCUACAAUUGCCUCAAGCUAUAUGAAGUAUUGUAUAUAUAUAGAGAAAAGGUGCCUGCCAAAUUCGUUGAACAUUAAAUGGUGCUGAAUGGAGAGGAUUUUUGGACAGUUACACAGCAGUCACUUAGGUCACAUAGCAUGCUGAUGUAUUUUGAAUGGAGUCCACCUGCUUUUUGCUUUUUUCAAACUACAAAAACCAUGCCACUACCACACACACAUAUGUUCAAUCAGGAUGGAAGAAAAAGAUGCCAUGGCCAUCCAGCUGAGCUAUGUAUUUUGCUGCGAGCUUAAUAGUGAACCACAUCCUCUGAACUUUCAAAAUAUUGUACAUGCUUGCAAUUUUCAGCUCAUAUGUCAUCUAUGGGUUCUUUAAAGAACUUUACUAGUCCUGAUGUGCCAUUUCUAAAACCUGCUUUGUAACAUGGCCGUGUUGUAAUUAGUUUUUUUUUCUCCUCAGAAUCUACCCCCGUUUUUAUUCCAAUAAAAUUAUUAGGUGAUAGUGAUAUUUUGGAAUCAAAUAAAUGAUAAACAUCUGAUCCAAUAUGUCAUGGAAAUUUUAAACAAUUUCAUUACUUGAAAUCUUGUCCUUUUGAAUGUUACUGGGUAUAGGUGUUUUUUUAUAAUAUUGUAUUAUUAAAGUUAUUAUUUGUA